AUGGAACCAACUUGUGCUGCUUGCGCCAUGGAAUGGAGCAUCCAACUUGAGAAGGGUCUUCGUUCUGGUAAACCAGGUGUACGUGUCAAAGCCAUAUUGCAAAUGGGGCCCCACCUUCAGCGUUGGAGUAGAGAGCUUGAGUCUGGUAUUGUUCCCAAUGGAAUGUUUGACCUUGUUCCAGGUGAAGGUGAGCUAUUUGCUAAUACUAUCCUCUUAUGCCUUGCUGAUGCCUUUAGGGGAGGCAACACAGAAAUCAGGCUUUCUGUUGUCAGAGUUUUCUUGAUCGAGCGAAAGCACCAUGAUAACAGGAAGCACAAACAGUGUAACGGGUUGCUGUCGAUGGCCAGAGUAGCUAACCACUUGGAGUUGCUGAAGCGGGUAAAAUCUGUUUUCAACAGUGGAAAUUCAGAGUCCAAGACACUGGCUCUAGUUCUGUUUGGUUGCUGGGCUGAUUUUGCCAAUGACAAUGCUCAGAUACGAUACUUGAUACUUUCCAGCCUUGUUUCUCCUCAUGAUUGUGAGCAUCCUUAA